UCAAUCAGCAAUUCAUUAUAUCGAAAAGAGCCAUUUACGAUCGACCAAACAAGUCUGAUCAGUAGAUUCAGAUUAAGACCAGAUAUCCAGGCUUCAACAACGGUCACAGUAUAUCCAACUCAGCAGCAUGAUAUUCCACCCGCUGAUGAUUUUGCCAUAGUCAAAGACUUGUCUGAUCCGUCAUCGAUAUUAAAAGUGAUUUUGCCGAAAACAAGCACUUUCCGCCAAUAUAUUACAAAAGUAGUGGAUAUUUCUUCUAAAAUAGAAAAAAUCGAAAGAGAUGCUAAUCGGACAUUCGUUGCAACUGAACCCGGUACUAUAAACAUUACUGAUAUGCAUGCAGGUCAUCAGUAUAGUGUAUCAAUAUAUGGGCGAAAAAAUGGCGAGUCUAUGUUGAUUAAAGAGGAAUCAUUUGUGAUGGAUCCACUUGCUCCAGAUUUCAAUAAUCAUAAUUCCUCUAUAUUAUCUUCAUAUACAAAUAUUACAUUAAGGUCAAUAAAACCUUAUAAAGCCUUACAGGAUAUUUACAAAAUCGAAUAUUCGCAAGUAGAUCCAGUAAAAUUCUAUCCAAAUUUGGAGAUUCAUGACAUUGCUGAGCAGAAGUACAUCGAAAUUUAUCUCGGCAAUCUCGAGCCAGGCCGAAAUUAUAACGUUUCAGUAAUUCCUCGAAUUCAAGGAUUAGAGGGAAGACCUUGGAGAGGGAUUUUGACUACAAAACCGUAUGCACCAAGUAAUUUGAUUAUAACUGACACUAAUUUAUCAUGCAUAUCAUUAUCGUGGCAUUACUCAAAUAAAUCUGGAGUCGACCGUUUUAGAAUCAUGUAUCAAGCAGUUGAAACCAAUUUAAAUCCAAUAAAGGUAUAUGCGUUAUCAGAGCAAUUUUCACUGGAUUUAUGUAAUGAUCUUAAAGCGGGAGAAAAUUUUCGUUUUUCUGUACAAGCAGAAAAAAAUAGGGAAAUUUCUGAGGCUGUGAAUGUGAGUCACAUUUUAAAACCAAUGCCACCGGAACGAUUGGAAGUGAUAGUCGACUAUCAAAAGCGCAAAUUUAUUGUGUCCGUCGAUGUGCCUUCUGAACAAGAAAGUAUUAUAGAAGCUUGUCAUAUAAGCAUAGUCAGUCAAAAAUUGGAUGCAAUCGAGCUUAAUGUCGAUGUUAUUGAUAGGAAAGUGAAUUUUACUACAAGGAGAAAAUUAUCUAUUUAUAGAUGUUUUGCUUAUGUUAAUUUAUGGCCUGGACGUCGUUAUGAAAUAUCUGCAAAAACCAUGAGUAAAGGGGUUUAUAGCAAUAAAGUUUCAAAAAGUUUGGCUCUUGAGCCGGCUUUUGAUAUGAAUGCCUUUGGACUUCAUCUAUCAGAAAGUGACAAUGGCCUUAGACUUGAAUGGCCAACAAAUGGAAUAAGUCGAGCAAGAUUACUGGAUAUUUGGAAAAAUAUUGUUGGUAACGAUAGCUCUCUACAUAUUCGAAUCGAUCCUCAGAAUAAUUUUGAUCAGUGGAAGGAGCAACAGAAGCGAUUUGCUUUACGUCCAUUUGAUAUGGAUUUUUUCAUCAUUCCUGAUGUGCAAAGUGGUGCUUGUUAUAAGAUACAAAUAUACACAGUGACGAGUUCAGGAAUUGUUUCGACCCAAAAAUUCGAGGAGUUUCUUCGCCUUAACUCUCCUUCACUUAGUCUUGUUGUUGAAGAAAUUUCAAAGACUACAGCUGUGUUUCGUAGCAUUAUUUCUUCUACUAGAAAUGAACAACAGUUCCCCAACUGUAAGUUCCAUAUAAUGGUAACAGAUACUUAUGGCAUGAAUGUAUAUAAUCGCACAAAACCAAUAUCAUCCUUGAUUUCACGAAUUACAUUGGAAGGACUUCGACCAUUUCAUCGAUAUUCUGUUGAUGCUCAGAUUGUGUGCGGUCGACCCAAUGAUCAUUGUCCAGUGAAGAGGCGUUCAUUAAUUCAACAGAUUUUUGAGACAAGGCAAGACCGUCCAGGACCGAUACGAAAUCUUACGUUGUUUAUCAUUAAUCCAUACAGUGUUCAACUCACGUGGUUGCCACCAAUUUCACCUAAUGGCAUUAUAACACAUUAUAUAGUUAAAAUACAUCCUAUGGUAUAUACAGUUUAA